AGCGUCUGGGGGGAUGGUUUGACUCCUCCCAGCUUAGGAUCUGUUUGGUUAGCGUGAGUCAGGAAUCAAUCAGUCUUUAACUAUGAGAUACUGUGAACAGAGCUGCAAAUCCAUUUUCAUCCCAUUGGAAUGAUCAGACUAUGUCUAGUUCAGUAAUACCUUUGCUUUUAAUAUAAGAAUUGGGGGUGGAAAUUGAUUAAAGACCUCUCAGGAAUUACCUAAGCCCCACCAUGUGCAAAAAAGGCAAACACACCUGGAAGCCAAAUCCGCAACACAUGGGCGGUAUGAAGACAGAUACUCCAAAUGUCAUUUUUAUUCAUAGGUUGCCAGUGGUUUACAAAAGACUCACUUGUUUCCUUUAGCGAGGCUUUUAGUAGUAAGCCAUCAGUUUUAGAAAAGUCCUUGAAAAGAGCAGAAAGGAUGAAGGAGGCUUGUGGAGCGAAAUGUGUUCUGUUUCUGCUAUUUGUUCAAACUUGGCUUGUCGAAAAUACUGGUCACACGUCUCCUGGAAAGCCAGUGUUGCUCCGUUGCAGAUCACCAGAAAAAGAAACUUUUGCUUGUUGGUGGCAGCCAGGUUCUGAUGGAGGGCUUUCUACUAACUACUCUUUGUAUUACACCAUGGAGGGAUCCCGGGAAGAUGCAGUCCAUGAGUGCCCGGAUUACAAGACUGCAGGGCUAAACUCCUGUUAUUUCAACAAGACCUACACAUCUCUUUGGAUAACAUACACUAUCAGUGUUGUUGCACAGAAUGCAUUGGGGAGCAAGUCUUCAGAUCCUAUGUUUGUGGACGUAGCAUACAUAGUUCAGCCGCACAAACCUGAGAACAUCUCAGCAGAACUGAGGACCCAGGACCAGAAACCCUAUCUGAUGGUGAAUUGGGAUCCCCCCCACAAGGCCGAUACCAAGUCUGGCUGGAUCACCCUUCAGUAUGAGAUCCGUCUGAAGCCAGAGAAAGGAGCCGAAUGGGAGUCCCACUAUGCUGGCCAGCAAAAGCAGUUCAAUGUGUUUAGUUUACAUCCCGGGGAAGUGUACCUGGUGCAGGUUCGCUGCAAACCGGAUCACGGAUUCUGGAGUGAAUGGAGCUCCACUACUUACAUAGAAAUACCUGACUAUUUCAGACCAAGAGACACUUCGGUAUGGAUUUUGAUUGCUGUCCUGUCUCUGUGUAUUUUUCUGAUCCUAGCUUGGACCGUUGCUAUAAAGUGUAACAGUAUAAAGAGUUAUCUAUUACCACCAGUCCCUGGGCCAAAGAUUAUAGGGUUCGAUACCCAGCUGCUGAAAAGUGGAAAAUCCGAAGACCUGUUAAAUGCUCUAGGCUGCCAAGGUUUCCCUCCAACGUCAGACUGUGAAGACCUGCUGGUUGAGUUUCUAGAAGUAGAUGACAGUGAUGAGCAGAAACUGGUGAUGAAUGAAGGAAAGGAUGAUCUGGAAGGAAGAGUGAAAUCCAGUGGCAAUGAGGUAGAUAAUGACUCGGGACGAGGGAGCUGCAACAGUCACACUCUCCUCCUUGAGGUGUCUAAUUCCAGCACGAAAACUUUUGCACAGGUUGGAGGCAACUCCAACAACAAGGGAAGUGUCAAGCUUUCUAGGAAAAGUAGUACCAAUGGAAAACUGCUCAGUUUUGAGACGACAGGCGAAAAAACAAACACUUGGCCAACAACCAACUCAUCUUUUCUCCUGGCUCGGCAAUCUUCCUGCCACAACAUAUCUAAAAUCCACAGAGAGGCAAGCUCUUUAGGGAACAAAGCUGACAUGCAUGGAAACACAAGCACUGCUCAAAGCAAAUCUAAGGAAUACAGGGAGUUACCCUCUACAGUUUCAGGAGACCAAAAGACAUGGUUUGCCGACGAGAAGCACGCCCCUUUACUGCCCUUCAAAUCAGUGGAGUACGUUGAGGUUCAAAAACUUAACCAGCAGAGCAUGCUGAUACUAAAGCCAAAAACUGAAGGACACAAGAGUGUACCCCCAGAAUUCAUAGGGCAGGAAUACACAAAAGUGAGUGGAGUCGUCAGUGACAGGGUACUGCUGUUGCUAAGGGAUACAGGAGCCCAGGGUUCAAGCGACACCCAGGAAGGGAAAAACCAAGCAGUACCCCCCAGUCUUCAAUGUCAGGUUGGGAAAAUGGUGGGCACUUUCCCUGCUUCUCCAGCACUAGAGGGCAUGCAAUUGGCAGCAUCUGGCUAUGUAGACACAGCUGCUGUCCUGCAGUCAUUUUAAAUAACUUUUCACUUUAAGGUUACUCCACCAGUACCCAGUACCUUUCUUCUGAAGAAAUGUUCUGAAAAACUCAAGAAAAGAACUUGUCUGAAAGAAAGGGAAAUACUGUAGCACUUUUAAAAAGAGAUUGGAAAAAGUUAAGUAGAGAAGCAAUGCUGUAAAGCCAAAUGUUUUGACACAUGUUCCGAAUCUUAUUUUGUAAUUUAAAACUGUUAAUUUAAUGUAUAUAAAAUUAUUUACAUUUACUCCACACAACUGUUCUGAAUAUUUUUCUGAAAUUGUUUCUAUAGAAAGAACACUUGUGCAGGGAAGAUGGGAUUUAUUUUCCGUAUGGUGUCUGUCCAGUUUGUUUUAUAUACACUAUUUCACCCUCACAUCAAUGACGCAAAGAGCCCUUUGCUGAGCUUGCAAGUUUCAAGGAUGUGCAAAAACAGAAGACAAGAAUUAGAAACCAAAUAACAUGAAUGCCACAUGGGUUUAAUAAUUAUUGAAUUUUAUAUACCCUUUCCAUUCUGCCUUUUUAAGAAUGAUAAUAUUGGGACCAUGAAACAUACAAACUGCUGUUUUGCCAUGCUUUUCCCAUGGUUAUACUAUGCAUUUACCAUAGUUUAAUAAGAUGCUUUUCCAUACCUCGCUGGUCUUUUACAUUGAGUCUUAUCAUGUUUUCAUUAUGCUUUUACUGUGGUAAACUUUUAAAGGGAACCAACCACUCGUACAAACAAUGUCAGGUUUUGAAAUGGUAAACUGUACAUAAUUUUAUUUUGCUGGGAUCAAAGUAAUAUGUCUUUAGUUCUUUUUAUGAAGAGGCUAGUCAACACCAUCUUGGAACCAUUUAAUACCUUGGCAGGUAUAAUGUCUUCAUGUGGUUGUAGAAGUGUAUAUAUAUGAGAACAAGUGUAUCGCUUUACAAAAAUGUAUCUAUAAUAUAUAAAAAGAUAUCUGUAGAGAGAGAGAGAAAUAUAAUGUUGGGUUUUGUUGGUGAUGUGGUAUGGUUUUCAUGCACAAUGUAGCUUUAUUUGUAUAAUAUGUGUUCUAGUGUUUGUGAUGGGACAUUCAUCUAGCAUUGAUGUUUGGUAAUUCAUGGAUCACAGCUUUUUGAGUGUUUAAUGUACAGUAGAUGUAAUUAAUUUCACAAUACUACAGCUCAUAUUUUGUAUCCAAUGAUAUUGGAGGAACAGACCCAAAAUCAAUAAAAUAUUGCAAAAAUCAAAAAUAAAUAAAUAAGGAAAUGUAAAACUAAUCAAAUCAGCACAAAAUCUACCUUGUAUUGUAAUUUAUAAAAAUGAGCAUUGUGUUCAGUUA